AUGGCCGCCAACAUUGAGCAGACAUGGAGCCUCGCUGGCAAGGUUGCCGUUGUUACCGGAUCCGGCCGCGGAAUCGGCAAGGCCAUGGCCAUUGAGCUCGCCAAGCGCGGCGCUAAAGUCGCCGUCAACUACGCCAACGCAGUCGAGGGCGCAGAAGCCGUAGUCAAGGAGAUCAAAGCCCUAGGCAACGGCUCCGACGCAGCGGCCUUCAAGGCCAACGUCGGAAACGUUGAGGAAUCCGAGAAGCUCAUGGACGACGUAGUCGCGCACUUUGGCAAGCUCGACAUUUGCUGCUCAAACUCCGGUGUCGUAUCUUUCGGCCACUUCAAGGACGUUACACCCGAGGAAUUCGACCGUGUCUUCACCAUCAACACUCGUGGCCAGUUCUUCGUUGCUAAGGCGGCGUACAAGCGCAUGGAGAUGGGUGGAAGGAUUAUCCUCAUGGGAUCAAUUACUGGCCAGGCAAAGGGUGUUCCUAAGCACGCUGUUUACUCUGGAUCAAAGGGUGCUAUUGAGACUUUUACUAGAUGCAUGGCUAUUGACGCCGGCGAGAAGCGGAUUACCGUCAACUGCGUCGCCCCCGGUGGCAUCAAGACAGACAUGUACCACGCUGUAUGCCGCGAGUACAUUCCCGGUGGUGACAAGUUGUCCGACGACCAGGUCGACGAGUACGCUUGCACAUGGUCCCCUCACAACCGUGUUGGUCAGCCAGUAGACAUUGCCCGUGUCGUCUGCUUCUUGGCCUCGCAGGAUGGUGACUGGGUUAACGGAAAGGUCAUUGGUAUUGACGGUGCCGCUUGCAUGUAA